AUGUCCAAGAGGCUGAUCCAAAACCUCGCCAAGACCAUCUCCAAACAAGUGGACCGCUUCAAUCCGACGGAGGUCGAGUGUCUUAUUCGCGAGUUUUACUCCAUACUCGGACAGACGACGAGCUCCGGGAAGAGCAGCUUGGACGAGCGGAAGUUCCGAAGCAUCCUCAGCAACGACUUCGGCCUCACCAACAACACCAUCAUGGAAAGAGUUUUCAGGACGUUCGACAAGGACAACGACAGCUUCGUCAGCUCCAAGGAGUGGGUGGAGGGCCUGUGCGUGUUCCUUCGUGGCACCUUGGAUGAAAAAAUCAAAUUCUGCUUCCACGUGUACGACCUGACCGGCGACGACUACAUCUCCAGGGAGGAGAUGCUCCUCAUGGUGAGGAACUGCCUGCGACUGCACGGCGAGGAGGACCCUUACGACGGCAUCAAGGACCUGGUGGAGAUCACGCUCAAGAGGAUGGACCACGACAACGACGACAAACUGUCUUUUGACGACUACGAAAAGUCGGUGAAAGAGCUGGACAUAGUGCUGGAGGCUUUCGGGACGUGCCUCCCCAACGCCACGAAGAUUGAGAUGUUCGAGCAGCGUGUAUUCAAUGAUAAAUCGGAGCACAGAUGA